AUGGGAAACUCCUGCUGGGAGUUAUACUGUCUUGAACAUGGGAUCGAACCUGACGGCCAUAAACCAGAAGAUGUGAAGGCGGAUGACAGCUCAUGUAAUACAUUCUUCUGCGAAACCGAAAAUGCCAAAUACGUACCACGAGCAGUCUUUAUAGAUCUUGAACCAACUGUUAUUGACGAAAUCCGUUUAGGAAAUUACCGCCAGUUAUUCCACCCGGAACAAUUAAUUACAGGUAAAGAAGAUGCUGCCAACAACUACGCCAGGGGUCAUUAUACAAUUGGCAAAGAAAUUGUCGACGUGGUUCUGGACAGAGUCCGGAAGUUGACGGAUCAGUGUAAUGGCCUACAAGGGUUUUUGAUUUUCCACAGCUUCGGCGGAGGAACAGGAAGCGGCUUCACCUCUCUGUUGAUGGAAAGGCUGAGCGUUGACUAUGGAAAGAAAUCCAAACUAGAAUUCUCUAUUUACCCGGCCCCACAAGUGGCGACGGCUGUAGUUGAACCCUAUAAUUCCAUCCUGACUACCCACACGACUCUAGAACACUCCGACUGUUCCUUUAUGGUGGACAACGAGGCGAUCUACGAUAUCUGCCGCCGUAACCUGGAUAUCGAGCGCCCGACCUACCAAAACCUGAACCGGCUAAUUGCCCAGGUCGUGAGCUCCAUUACUGCCUCUCUGCGCUUCGACGGGGCGCUCAACGUUGACCUGACAGAAUUCCAGACAAACUUAGUCCCUUAUCCGAGGAUCCAUUUCCCGUUGGUAACUUAUGCCCCGAUUAUCUCGGCCGACAAGGCUAAUCAUGAGCAAAUGACCGUUGCAGAGAUUACCAACGCCUGCUUUGAGCCCUCUAAUCAAAUGGUCAAGUGUGACCCCCGGCAUGGGAAGUAUAUGGCUUGCUGUAUGCUAUACCGUGGAGAUGUGGUCCCCAAAGAUGUCAACGCAGCUAUUGCUACUAUCAAGACGAAAAGGUCUAUUCAGUUUGUGGAUUGGUGCCCGACUGGUUACAAGGUCGGAAUCAAUUAUCAACCCCCAACUGUAGUACCUGGAGGAGAUUUGGCUCAAGUACAGCGGGCUGUUUGUAUGCUGAGUAACACUACUGCCAUUGCUGAAGCCUGGGCGCGCCUAGAUUAUAAAUUCGACCUGAUGUACGCGAAGCGGGCAUUCGUUCAUUGGUAUGUCGGGGAAGGAAUGGAGGAGGGGGAAUUCUCGGAAGCACGCGAGGACCUGGCCUCGCUCGAGAAGGACUAUGAAGAAGUCGGCUUCGACACAGUCGAUAUUUACCCAGAGGAGGAAGAAUGUGAGGAAUAUUAG